CUAUAUAGGGAUUCACAUUUGGGAUGAACUCUUUCACAUGUUCGUCGCGUGUGGUCUUCAUAAACCCCGGACAUUGAUAUUGCCCCAUGGUUGUGCAAAGAAUUAUUUCAUUUUUGUACAGAACUGUUCCCGCUUUGGCUUUUCUUCGUCGUGACGCCAAGAUGGAUCAGCUUCUGGUAAGGUGUGUCGAAGGAGACGAAUUCAUGUCAAUCUCGUACAGUUACAGUGACAAACAGAGUAACAUGUUGCGGUCUCAAAUGGAAACCGCGGAGAAGUCUCUAUCGCGAUUGGCAAAUAAUGUCCGAAAACUGGGCAGACCCAAGAAAAAGAAUAAAAAGAUGAAGUGUGAACAAACGUCAGAUGCAACCAACCAGUCAGCUGAAGACAACUACAUAGUUUGCUCUCUGUUUGUCAAUGGUAGCAAAGUUGGUUCGGAUGUCUUAAACAAAGACGCAUGGGUUGAAGGUGCCAUUUUACAUUUGGGUAUGGCAAAGUACCGUGUUUGUCGCAACAUGCCAACCAUCCUGAGCUUAAAACUGCCCAAUUGCAUCUUAGUCGGCUGUCCCAUUUACCCUCGGGUAGAAUUUGAAUUUAUAAAGACUGACGCCUGUACAUAUACUUGGUAUCGAGAGGUCAGGCAAGAGUUGGGUGGAACUUCACAUGUAAGCAUUGGACCGAGCCAGACGUUUUCAUUAACCAGCGGUGAAGCAUCUGCAGAGUCUGUUCCCAUGGAAACCAAUGCAAGUGAAACAGCAAUCCAGAUCCCUGUCAUUAUCAACCCUUCCCUCUCGUCUCAAAUAAAAGGAUACGAAAAGCAUUGGGUAGAAAUUUCAAGUGAAAAGGUGUACAUGCCUCAGGCUUCUGAAUUGGGUGGACAUUUGAAGCUGGUGUGUACACCAAGUGACGGAGAACGGUUGGGGAGUGCUAAAGAAGUUGUGACUAUGUGUGAGGUGAAGAUGGCCCCUGAUGCCUUCCCGUUUGAGAAAAGACAUCAAUACACCAAGGACAAAACAUCUGACAACUGUUUCAGAGUUGUAUCAUACAACAUCUUGGCAGACAUGUACGCUGAUUCAGAUUUCUCAAGGGAUGUACUCUAUCCUUACUGCCCUAAAGAUGUCUUGGAUAUUGAUUACAGAGAACAGUUGCUGCUCAAAGAACUCACAGGUUACAAUGCAGACAUCAUGUGUCUUCAAGAAGUUGGAAGGAAAUUAUUUGAAUCUUCCAUGGAGCCUUCUCUCAAGAACUCAGGACUCGAUGGUCUCUUACGAUGCAAACAUGGCAACUUAGCUGAAGGAGAAGCCAUCUUCUACAGAACAGACAAAUUCAGAUUACUUGGCAGUCAUGAUGUAGCAUUCUGUGAGGUAUUACAGAAGGAUCCAUUACAUAGGAAUCUUCUUGAAGCAGUUGCCCGUAGUGACGCUAUGCUCAAGAGGUUUCUAGGCUUGGCUGCAGUUGUUCAGGUAGCUGUGUUUGAGCUUAUUUCUGAUCCAUCCAAGAGGUUGUGUAUUGCCAACACUCAUCUAUACUUCCACCCACGAGCUUCUCAUAUCCGCUUGAUCCAGACAGCCAUGAUUACUCAACACAUUCAGAAGGUCUGCUCAGUGUAUCAAGAACAGGACAAUCAGGUCAAACCAGCUGUUGUCCUGUGCGGCGACCUGAACAGUACGCCUGAUGGAUGUGUGUAUGAGUUUCUUGUUAAAGGAAGUUUGUCAGAGAAGUCAGUGGAUUGGUACUCAAGUGGAAAAGAGGAGUUCUGUGGAGGUGUUGCCCUAACUCACUCCCUGAAUUUCCAAGAUGCUUGUCAGGACAUUGCUUACACAAACCUUGUUGCAGGCUUCAGAGGUAAACUGGACCACAUCAUGUUUGAAGGAGACAAGAUGAAAGUAGAUCGUGUUAUUCCAAUGUCAACCCAUCAAGAAGUGACAAGGCAUGUUGCUCUACCUAAUGCUGUGUUUCCAUCCGAUCACUUAUCUCUCGUCUGUGAACUGAGUUGGAAGUGACAGACAUGCUGCUCUACCUAACGUUAUGUUCCCAUCCGAUCACUUAUCUCUCGUCUGUGAACUUAGUUGGAAGUGACAGACAUGCUGCUCUACCGAAUGCUGUGUUUCCAUCCGAUCAUUUAUCUCUCGUCUGUGAACUGAGUUGGAAGUGACAGACAUGCUGCUCUACCUAACGCUAUGUUCCCAUCAGAUCACUUAUUUCUCGUCUGUGAACUGAGUUGGAAGUGAUGAGACAUGCUGCUCUACGUAAUGCUAUGUUCCCAUCCGAUCAUUUAUCUCUCGUCUGUGAACUGAGUUGGAAGUGACGAGACAUGCUGCUCUACCUAACGCUAUGUUCCCAUCAGAUCUGUUACCUCUAGUUGUGAGUGGAGUUAGAUAAACAGAUCUUGACAGGAAACCACAGACAUUUCACAAACUUAUUCUAUAAUGCAUUUAACAUUGAGUUUUAUAAGUUAUUUUUGUGUUUUACAUUCAUGACCAUGUAUGACUCAAGUUCCCAAGUUUUAAGCCCAGCUUUUCAAAUCACCAGACAAUACUUGCAUGAUGUGAAUUAAAGAUGGAAAAACAUUAUAUGUGACCAGCUCUGGACAAAUAGGUAAUAAGUCACCAGAUUGAGGUUAUGAGCAUUUGAUAUGGCUGGAUUCUGUACAUUAAAAGCUAUAAUUUGAUAUAUGAAUAACCCCUAUAGUGUACAGCCUUCUGGAGAUAUGCAGACAUUUGUAUAUCCACUUUUGGGAGUUGCUACUGAAUGAUCAAUUUUUCAUCAAUAUUCAUCAUAUCCAUGUUUUUAGUCACAAAUUCUGAAAAUCUAAAUAUUAUAGAAGCUAAUGGUAAUGACCUGUUCUCCAAAUAGAACAGGUCAUUACGUGUUUGGGCAUUGCACAACCUAUUACCCUUUUUUUUGAAGAGGGGGGUCACUUAUAGUACACACUAAUUUGAGGACAAAGCAAAUCCAGUUUAAAUAUUCAAAGGUUUUUGUAAAACUGUUGUGCCAUUUACAACCUUUGAACUGAAUAACUAAUACUGAACUAGGGUCAAGAGAUUCAAAUUUGCCUUUGAAAAUUCCUUUUGGACUGAGAUCUGAAAAAGAAGUGAUUAUGAUAAAGGAAAUUAGACUUCAUAUUACAACUUGUGAUGUACCAGUGGUUAAUAAACAUUUAUUCAUUGAUUUUUUAUCUUAAA